CAACCAUCAAAUUGUUCCCCUUGUACCCCCAAAGUCGUUGGUGUUCUCAUUUCAUCCGCGUAUUCGGUUGAAAGUGGCGUUUUUCGUGGCUCUCCUUCACGAUUCGAGCUGAUCGGAUGCGUCACGUUCUCGCCGACAAUGCUUACCAAAAAUGAAAACUACUGGAGAUGUUUCGAACGAGGCGGCGGCCUUAAAAACUGAGAAUUUCAGCGACAGUGACGACCUGAACCCCCUACGAUGCUGGGACUGCAACAUAAAUUUCACAAGUAGACACUUCCUCUACGGCCACCUUUUCCACCACAUCAAGCAGCCGCAAGUGCAACUCACUCGCGUCCAACUACCGCCCCUGAAAAUCACUCUCAAGAGCAAGACCGGAAACAGUUUCGAAAUCGUAACGUCGCCGAGCAAUUCUCCUUCAACGACCGACAAUCUGGCGGAAUUCGAGGAAGAAAAGGGCGAGAGUCAUGAAGAAGACAGGAUCGAAGAGGAAUCGGAGCAGGAAGAAGCAAAUGUGAGUUUCUCGCCGAAUUUUGCAGAAGUGAAUGUGGCAGCGUCGCCUGCCAACAGCGACUCUCCAAAAAUUGAGGAAAUAAUGGGGGAGGGGUCGGAAUGCGGAAGUAUCCCGGGGGCGGAGCCGACGCCGCCUCCGGAGCCUUCGGGCGAUUAUCCCAAGAUCAGGAUUAAAACGACGGGACUGCUGAAGGAACCCUUGACUAUCACGGAGAUUACUGAUGAUAAUCCCGAAGAGGGUGGAGAGGAAGGGAAGAAGGAUAAUGGGUGGAAUAAUUCGAUGGAGGAUCCUUUGAAAUUGCCCGGGACUGAUGACAUACUAUCAAUCUUUAAUAAUAAUGAAAGGGCCAAGGAUUUUGGGUUUACAACCAGUGAUAGUGAAUUUAUUCCUCUCGAUCGAUUAGAUGAUAGAAAUCGGGGGGCUUUGCAAUUGUAUAACCAGAACCAUGGGAACCAAAACCCAUUGAAUAGCCUCGCGGGUCUUCCCAUGGAGGCUUUAGCCCAGCAAGUCUCCCGCCUCCAACCCACCAGCAAUGGAAUGCACCAACAGAACGUCCUCAUCAACAUACAACAAUUCCCCCAAGCUCCGCCCCAUCCCCCUCCCUACCAACCACCCCACAUGUACCAUCCCCCACCACAACCCAUGUACCCCCAACCAUAUCAACCGUACCAACCUCCGAAUCCCAUGUACUACCCCCCAGCCACCGGUUACCCCCAACACAUGCCACCUCCGCCACAACCUCAAAUGCCGCCCAUGGGACAACCACCCCAGAUGGGACAACCGCCGUCGUCUCAGGCCCAGCAAAACCAGCCGUACCGUCCCAUGGGACCCAGACAACAGCCUCCGCCGCGACAGAUGCCCCCGCAAAGGAUGCCUGGUCAACCCAUGAACCAACGACAACCCAUGGUGAGGCAAAGAGCGCCCAUGAUACGACCUAGAGGCGGUGGUAUGACCGCCGUUCGCAGUAUUAGACCCAGAAUGCCGGUUGCCCAAAAUGGUCACGUGAGACAACCAUCUGUUAAAAGAACUCAAGAGCAAAUUCAAGCACUCCAAGCGAAGAAAAAACGUCUCGAUGUCUUGACGCCGGAUAAAGACGACGAGGAUUGUCAAGUGAUUUGCAUGCAACCGAAAAAUACAGAUGGGGGUUUACCACAAAUCGAAAGCGUCCAGGGUGGUACGGCUGAACCAUCGGAAAGUAGCGUGAUGCAUCUCUCAGAUUCUAUAACCUUGUCGGUACGAAAUCCACAACCGAGGCCCCAAAGCCCGAAAAAAGCCGAUGCUAAGGCCGUAGCUAAUAUUUUAGCCACUCGGGGAAUUACUGUGACGGCUACUCCCAAGCCCAAGGAGAAGAACGACACGCAGAAGAACACAUCUUCGAUUCCACCGCAACUUAACCUCAAUUCAGCUGUUAGUAUUAUUCCAUCAGCGAAAAAUAAUAACAAGCAGCCUAAUUCCUCUGGUAAGGAAUCUCAUCUUCCCACCGUCGACUUAACCGACGACGCUUCCGCAGUCUCCCAGCAAAUGAAGACUUCCAGCCCUGGCCCGAAGCCGGCCCAACGGCAGGGUUUGCCCUUCAGAUGCGACCUAUGCCCAGCGCAGUACCCCAAUGCCCUGGGUUUGAGCAAGCACCGCCAGAACUACCACAAGACCAGCAGUGGCAUGUGCGAGAUCGGCGUGCCUCUGAUCAACUUGAAGCAGCCGGGCAUUUUUCAAAAACUCAGCUCGUUGGGCAUUUUCAACUACAUCCCCCUUCCGUCGUCGGGCCCCGAUGGCAUGUUCGCCUUGCCCAUCAUCAACGGCCGCAAUCCCGGCAAUGUGGCGGCGCUAGGAGCCACCACGAUGCUCACGUUGGGCCCCGUGAGGAACAUUCCGCGACCGCAAAUGAACGGUGUGCAAGGUGCCAAUAAACAAAUGAAUCAGAAUAAGUAAUGUGUUCCGUGAACACGUGUAAAUAAGAGUAUAUAUUGUAACAAUAUGGUUUUAUUUGAUUGUAUAUUACAACUAUUGUCUAGGGUGAGUUGACGAAUUUCAAAGUUUAGUUGAUGCAACAAUGUAGUUUUCAGAAACAACUUUUGUCUGUUUGGUUUUAAGGAAUGAGAUUUUGUACCUAUUUAUUGUAUGACUCAGACUGAUUAAUGAAAUUGACGGUAUGUGCAAUUUAUAUGUAUGUAAUUUGCUCUUUUGUUUAAACAACUAAUACAAGUACUAGUUAUGUUAACUUUUAGUGUCUUUGAUGGGUUUUAUGUCAAUUGCAAAAGGGCUACAUAUAUGUAUUUUUUGUAUCAAUAAGUAACUUUGUGAUAAAAUAAAUAGUAUUUUUCAAA